UUAAACUCCAACAAGAAACCACCUAUCACGUUUCUCCUUCCUUAUAACCCCUAUCCGUCACUGCCCUCACAUUUCAACUUUCGCCGGAGAUGAAGGACGGUAUGAAGCAUCCGGUGGCGGAGGCAACCGAGGAGAGCCCAUUCGGACCCUUGACUCCGGAAGAGUUCUACUCGCGCCACUCAGUGAGCCACGGCACCGAGUUCAUCACCAACUCUCGCGGCCUCAAACAAUUCACCCAGUGGUGGACCCCUCUCCCUCCGGCGAAGGUGAUUGGCACCGUCUGUGUCGUCCACGGCUUCACCGGCGAGUCCAGCUGGAUGGUCCAGCUCACCGCCGUCCACUUCGCCAAGCAGGGGUUCGCGGUCUGCGCCAUCGACCACCAGGGCCAUGGCUUCUCCGACGGACUCGUCGCUCACAUACCGGACAUCAACCCCGUCGUCGACGACUGCGUGUCAUUCUUCGACUCGUUCCGCGACCGCCACGUGCCUCCGGAGCUGCCCUCAUUCCUCUAUGCCGAGUCACUCGGCGGCGCCAUUGCUCUGCUCAUAACCCUCCGCCGCGGCAAUUCCGCCCCGAAACGGCCGUUCGACGGCGUCGUUUUGAACGGGGCGAUGUGCGGGAUCAGCGAUAAGUUCAAGCCGCCGUGGCCGUUGGAGCAUUUUCUGGACAUCGCGGCGUACCUGAUACCUACGUGGCGCGUUGUUCCCACUCGCGGAUCCAUACCUGAUGUUUCGUUCAAGGAGGAAUGGAAGAGGAAGAUGGCGAUUGCUAGCCCUAGAAGGACGAUGGGGAGGCCUCGAGCAGCGACGGCGCGUGAAUUGCUGAGGGUAUGCGGCGAUUUGCAAUCGAGGUUUGAAGAAGUGGACGUCCCGUUUCUGAUCGUUCACGGGGAGAGCGACGUCGUAUGCGAUCCGGCGUGUGUGGAAGAGCUAUACAGACGCGCCGCCAGCAAGGACAAGACGCUGAAAAUAUACCCUGGAAUGUGGCACCAACUGGUGGGUGAGCCGGAGGAGAAUGUGGAACGCGUUUUUGGAGACAUUGUGGAGUGGCUCACGACUAGAGCUAACCGCGCCACCAAUUGAAAGGCCGCCGCGUACGGCGGAUGACGGUGGCUAAUUAUUUGAAGCAAAUUGGAUUGGGUAACUAGUAGUUGGCAGUAAUUAAUAAAGAGUAAUGAGUUGGGCCCAUGAGCUUUGGGAGUACGAAAUGUAAGGCCUAACCCAAAUGGUUUCUUUCAAAGAAAAUGUACAUGUUCCCUAUCUGUGGGGUUGUCAAAACUUAAAAGGGCAUUUCACGCCCAUAAUGUGUACAUGAAAAAACACUCUUAAAAUUCUUAAUGGAAAGUGUAGAACUUUUAAAAAUAGUUCAACGAUUUAAUGAUAAUUUAAUACGAAUAAUAAUGGUGAUGAUAGAUAGUAUAUCAAACUGAAUAUAAAUUAUAGUUCC